AUGUCGUCUGCACUCCGCUUCGUCGUGCACGGUCUGCUGGCCACGCUGGUCUACACUGCAUACCGCUUCUACACACCCAGCACGGGCACCACGCUCGACCACGCCUCUUCCGGCUCACUUGGUGCGGGGGUGGCACUUUCCGACGGUCGUCAGUCGAUCCACCGUCGCACGGUCGCAGUUGCCGAUCUGCACGGCGACCUGCAACAUGCACUCAACGUCCUCUCCAUGGCAUCUCUUAUUUCGGGCUCUGGGGAUUCGAUCGCCUGGACGGGCGGACACGAUGUGCUCGUCUCCACAGGGGAUAUAGUCGAUCGCGGGGAUGAUACAAUCGCCCUCUACCGGCUCUUCCAGACUCUGCGCGCACAGGCCACCCGCGCGGGGGGCAAGGUGGUGAACCUGCUGGGUAAUCACGAGUUUAUGAACGCGCUCGGCGACUGGCGCUACGUUACGCAGGGGGAUGUCAAGUCGUUCGGAGGCGUGCAACCACGUCGUGACGCCAUGUCGGAUCGCGGUUGGAUCGGUAAAGACUGGUUGGACCACUACAACGUCACUGCGGUCGUUCCUCUGCUGCCACCCGACCACCCCGCAUUGCCCAAAGGCUAUACACCGCCGUCAGCGAGCUUUGUACAUGGAGGUAUCACCCCCACCUACGCCGCACGCGGAGUCGACACGAUCAACACCAUCGGCAAAUCCCUCCUGCACAAGGCGCUGUCCAACCCCUCGCCUUCAUGGCUUCCUCCAGACGUCUCGGACGAAGAACGAGAGCUGUGGUCCGAAAACGGUCCGCUUUGGUACCGCGGUUACGCCACCAAUCCCCCCAACCAGGCCUGUCCAGAUGCCAACGCAGCACGCGCCAGUCUGGGCGUAGCACACCUCGUCAUGGGCCACACGCCGCAUUUCGACGGCUUCGUAACAAGGUGCAACUCCUCCCUCCUCCUCAUCGACACCGGCAUCUCCCGUGCCUACGGCGGCGAACAAUCCGCCCUCAUCAUAGAUACCCACCUCCAACCCACCCCCAACCUCCCCAACCAGUGGUCCGAGCUGCAAACCCUCACCGCUCUCUACAAAGGUCGCUUGCCCAAAAUCCUCGUCUCCUCCCAACGCCACAUCCACCUCCAAUAG